GUCCAAUAAUGGUUCUUGUUCCGUCCGCCAUGUCCUAUAACGUUGAUUUCUAUUUUAUCUGCAAUGCAGGCUUUGGUUAUGAAACGUGGAGGGCGUUGAAAUUAGAUAAAACUUAAUUUUUUACGUCUGUAAGACCCAUGCAUGGAGCUGGAAUAUUCAACAGUAUCUUCUGAUGUCUCAACAACAGAUUCAGAGUCAUCCCAGGAGUCUACUCAAUUAGAGGAUAUCAGUGUCGAAGGCUUGAAUAUACAACUACCUCAGGAUCUGUGUGAAAAUAAAGAAGUUUUUAAGCAAUUUUUUUCAUAUAGUAGCUGGCAAGAAAGUUUCACAGAGGAACAGAAGCAACAUCUCAAGAGUUUCUUGCCAACAUUUCCUGGCAGCGAUGAGGCAGAGAAGGAGAAGACACUCCGGCAGUUGUUGGGAAUGGAGAACGUGUACUUUGGCAACCCGAUUGAGCAGUUUUUUCAUCAUCUGAAGAAUGGGCACUACACUGCAGACAUUGCCAGAUUACGCCAUCUCAUGAAGAAAGCCGAAAGGAGGGCAUAUAGGUACCAGGAGAGGCGGCGCCUGUCGCGGCUGCUGAGGCAGCUGCUGGUGUCGCGGCAGCAGCAGCUGCAGGCGGCCGGCGGCCAGCCCCCGGGGGGGCCCUCCAGGCCGGAGCGCCUCCCGCCCCGGCCCCGGCCCAGGCCCAGGUUCUCGGUGGAGCAGAGGGCGCGGCGACGCUACUUCCAGGAGCUGGAGCUGGUCCGCCAGGAGGUGGGCGAGAGCGACCACAGCUCCGAGGACGACAACUACCCGGAAGGUCCACCAAUCAAGCUCAAUAAGAAGCAGAAGAAACAGUUAUCUGUUCUAGAAUGCUCACUAAGCGCUGACUUCAGUUGUGUCACUUCUACUUUGUCCUCUAAGCCAAGUGGCUUUGAUCUGGAAGCUAAUGUAACUGCCAGUUUUAACCCUUAUGAAAUUAAUGAAGAUGCUUACCGAGCUAUACUUCUGGGUCACAAGAGAAGAAGACAAGAUAAAGAACAGGAGAUCGCUGAACUGGACACCUACGGCAUCACCCUCGACGACGUAGAAGCGAGAGCGCAGAUCGGCAAGCGUCCCCUCAGUAAGAACGGCCAGCACGUCAGCGAGGCGAAGCUGCCUUCCAAGAAGAAGGCUAGCAAGAACUUGAAUGUUUCCACGCAGGUUGCACAGAUGUCGUACAGUGAUAUCAGUCCUCAGGUUCCUUUUGGGGAUAGUUCGAAUUCUGACAUCCCUGACACGGAGGAAGAUGAACCCUCAUCAGUGAUGAUGGAUGAAUUUGACGGGUUGGAUGUUGAAGUGGAAACAAAAAUGCCACCGUCAAGAAAUAAACGCACAAAUAGUUCUGGGUCCCCUCGCAGCGGGAAGGGCGGCCCGGCAGCGGGGCUGGAGCCCCCCGACCCGGAGGACGACCCAGCAGGGGUGCCACUCCCGCCGGCCGGCACCACGCGGCAGGCCACGCUCUCCGACCUCGACGGCAUCGACAUGAUGAACCUGCCCGUGGACCUGGAGGACGAGCCGGACGUCAAGCCAACACCGGAGCUGAUGCAAGAAACCCAUGCAUGUUUCUUCUCUCUGAUUCGCGAUGUCAUCUGCUCCACCCCAAACCACAGGAUGAACCUGUCGACGUUAGAGGACCGCCUGAAGGCGUGGCAGGAGAGUCCGAUAUCACCUCUCAACGACUGGUACUGCAUCGCCGCCGACUCCUGGUUGCUGAUGCUGCCCUCUGCCAUCAGCUUUCUCUCUGGAGACUACCCAGAUGCCCAGCCGGACGACUUUGUGCCAUACCUGGAGUACAAGCCUCACCUGGUGGUGUACCAGUGGAUCGGGGCGGGCCGCGACUCUGAUGCCCACCUGGUGCCCCUGUGUCGACACUGGCUGGAGCACCGUGAGGAGAUGGUGGCACGCCCCAUCAAGGAGGAGGACGGACUGGAGGAGUCCUUGGAGGGGCUGGACGACCGAGCCUGCUCCCCCCCUCCCCCGCGCUACCCCACGUCCUGGGUGGUGCGGCCCGCCUCGCCCGGCGAGAAGGAGGUCUUCCGCGACCAGGAGCGACAGCGCUACGAGCACCCACACAGAGCCUUCACGUUCAGGAUGCACGGCUACGAGUCGGUGGUGGGACCGGUGAAGGGCGUCUACAACCAGAGUGUCGGAGCCAACAAGCCUCGCGGCCACUCCCUGCUGGUCGCAGAGCGCCCCAACUUUGUCACCAUUCUGGCACUCGUGCGAGACGCGACGGCGCGCUUGCCUAACGGCGAGGGCACGCGCUCCGACAUCUGUGAGCUGCUGAAGGACUCGCAGUACCUGGCCUCGAUCACGCUGGAGUCGUACCUGCACUCCGUCGUCAGCGGAGCCUUGGACAGGUUGCACUACGAGCCUGACCCCUGCGUCAAGUACGACACCAAGCGCAAGAUAUGGAUCUACUUGCACCGGGGGCGGUCCGAAGAAGAGUUUGAGCGUCUUCACCAGCAGCAGCAGGGGAUGGUGAAGACGAAGAAGAUGCCGACCCACCGCAAGACGAGCCGCAGCAAGCAGCAGAAGGAAGCAGCGUCGUCCUCGGUGCCUCCCGUGCCGGCGCCCAAGGACUCCGCCUCGGUGCCGGCUCCACCGGCGGUGACCGCGGCUGCCGCCUCCACUCCCACCACCCUGACGCACAAGACCGGCCGAGCGUCGAGGCCGGUGCCGCUUGCUGGCCACUCCGUGCACAAUCUCCAAGUGUCCACCCCAUCCGGCAUUCAGGCUAUACAGGUCACAAAUGCGCCAGUGGUGUUGGGCAAAUCGUUAUUGUCAUCAAAUGCAGCAUCCGCGGUCCAGGGUACAUCCAUCAUCAAGACGGUGGCAUCCAGCUCGUUGCCAUCACAGCAACCGCAGACAGUCGCCGCUGGUUCUCGAGGCCCUCGUGUGUCGCCCGGCAGGUCGGUGCUCAUGGAGAGUGGGCAGGCCGGCCGCAGCACCUCCCCCCUGCCCCUGGUCUCCAGCGGCUCCCGCGCAGCCGCCCAGCUGCUCGGCAUGUCCCAGCUGGUGAGCCCCAGGAGCCCCCAGCCCGGCGUGCCCGUGCUGUCCGGCAUGAAGCUCGUGAAGGGCGGAGACUCGUCCCAGACCAUCUUCAUCAAGCAGGCCCAGGCGCCGGCUGGCGACCACUUGCAGCAGGCCAAGCAGCAGGCAGCAGCCAUCGCGCAGCUGCAGCAGAAGCUGCAGCAGCAGCAGCAGCAGCAGCAGCAGCAGCAGCAGCAGAGGCUCGUCACCAGCAUGUCCGUGCUGAGCCAGGGCCAGCCCACGCCAAGGGUCGUCGCGCGGGUGUCGUCGCAGCAGGCGACGGUGCCCGGCUCCAAGCAGCAGGCCAUCGUGGCCAAGGUGCUGUCCGUGGAGAGCCUGCUCACUCACCAGAAGCAAGGAGCUGCCCUGAGGGUGGCUGCGGCCGGCAAGGCAGGCCAGACCAGUCUCAUCCAGAUCCCCAGCAGCUACAGCAGCUCGCCGGGCGGCGUGGCCCAGUUCGCAGUCGUGUCGCAGGGCAGCCUGCUGUCCGUCAGCCAGCAGAGAGUUGCCACGCAGCACCAGCAGCAGGUGACGAAGCUGGUGAGUGCGGUGUCGGGCAAGCCGGUGAUGGCCACUGCUGCCAACCUGCGCAUGCUGAGCCCGGGAGGGACGGGCGGGAGCAUCAACCUGGCCCACAUCGGGGGCAAGCCCGUGCUGCUGGCCAGCAAGUCGCAGGCAGCAACCGCGCAGAACGUGAUGCUGGCGUCGCAGGCGGCGGGCGGCCACCAGACGGUCGUGUUGGCAGCCUCGCAGGGCGGUGGCCUGGUGCUGCAGCAGGGCGGCACCCAGCAGAUCCUGCUGCCGCCGGGCUUCCAGGGCGGCACCCUCAACAUCAAGACCCUGCCGGGCCUGCAGGGGCUGCAGGGGCUGCAGGGGCUCAAGGUCAUCCCCCUGUCGCAGUCGCCCGCCGCCGCCGCCGCCGCCGCCAAGGGCAGACAGCAAGUGUACGCGCGGAUCAUCAGCCCCGGGCUGAGGCCGGCCGGUCCAGGGGCGACGGUCUCCCUCCAAGGAGCAGCCCCCGAGACGCAGGCUCCCUCUACACCCCUGCCCGCCCCCUCCACGUCUAUGGAGUAGUGAUUGCAUUUGUGACAUUUUAUGCCUAGUAAGAUUUUUAUAAUAAAAUUAGCAACUAUUAAAUCAAAUUUACUGUA